AUUGCCUGCAGGUACACACUCCGAGUACAACAGAUCUGGAUGUAUACCUGAAGUGAACCACCCUACUCCCCCAAGUUCAUCGACACUUCCUGAAUGUCGUGAUUCUACAAAAUUUUAUGCAGGAGAUUAUUCUGCCUACGCCAGUACCAUGGGAUCUCCUCCACAAAUAUACUCAAGUCGUGAUGGUUAUCAGCCGCAAAAGUCAUCCCUCAACUUAGUCCUGAUGCCCAAAACUGUUCCAGCGAAGACCAUAGGACUACCUCAAUCUUCAAGUUUCGUCGAAGAUGGAUCUAAAGCAAAUCUCACGUUGACAGUCAGAGAGUUUCCCACUAGUAAUGCACGGGCAAGAACCCCGCCAAAUAUCUUCACAAAUGGACAUGUACUCGCCGAAAGGCCGAUGUUGUCAUCGCAGUUUGAAAGAGGAGAUGACGCUACGGGAUUUCUUCUGGACGGGGAAAGUGCAGAAGCUGGUCAGGGUCUGUUGAACAGUAAUUCAAACACAUUUGCUGACGAGUCUUUGGCCGUCCUCGAGCAACGUGUGGCUGAAGCUUGCUGUCUUGUCCAGAAAACGUUGAAAGAAAGACAAGAAAGAGAGAAAUCGAUGAAAGAAACGGAGCGAAAGAGAAAAGAAGAGUGGGCAAGGAAACAACAACUUGCACGUGAAAGAAAAGAAAGGGAAGCGAGGGAAGCGAGAGAAACGGAACUCAUGAAUGAAAGAGUAGAAGGGAACUCCACGAGCGGUGGACAAGAAACACCUUCGCAAGACUCGGCUCCUGCUGAGGUUCGACAAUGGCUGUGUGAACAUUAUCAGCGGCUCUGCCGUGUCAAGUUCUCGUGCUGCGGAAAGUUCUUUCCUUGUCAUCGUUGUCAUAACAACUCUGGGUGCCCAAAUGAUAAUUCCAAAGCAAGAGAGGCGUGUUCUGUUGAGUGCUCUGUUUGUAGCCAUCAACAAGAGAUCAACCAGGACGCCCACACCUGUGUCAGAUGCAAAACAAGGCUCUCGGCAUAUUUCUGCUCGGUGUGUAAACACUUCACAGGGGAGGAUAAAGCUCCUUAUCACUGCGAAAAAUGUGGUAUCUGCCGUAUCUACAAGGACCGCUCCUUCCACUGUGAUGUGUGUAACGUCUGUCUGGACAAACGGCUGGAAGGAAAACAUUCUUGCCGAGCAAAUUCAGGACACGAUGAGUGCUGCAUCUGUUUAGAGGACGCUUUCAGCGGUUGUCAGAUCCUGCCAUGCUCACACAAGGUUCACCGAGAGUGCGCUAUUGCUAUGAUACAGAACGGCGUGUAA